AUGAAAAAAAUAUCUACUACGAUAAUCAGUUUUCUUUCCUUUCUGUCAUCAAGGUAAAAUAUAACUUCUUGAACCCCUUUAUAGACUUGCCGAUGACAAUCGAUGGCAACCGCUAUAAUCGAUAGCAAUUACGAGGAUUUGAAUUGUGAGUAUCGAUUUUCAUCGAUUAUUUGAGGCAAUCGAUAAUAAUCGAUUAAUUAUUAUCGAUUAUAUUGAUCAUAUCGAUUGCUUUCCGAUGAUCGAUUUUUAUCAAUUGGGCACGCCGGGCACAUUAUCUCGAGGUUUGAACAAUAGUAUCAAAGGAAGCAAUUUGCUUUCUAAUCCUUUCUCUUGUAAAUUUAGCCGGAAAUACGGCCUCGUAAAUUUCUUGAACCGGUAGACUUCAGACAAAGAAUAUGCAAUUUCAAAUGCAUUUUCAUGAUCCCCUGUUUUGACUGUUUUUUUGGCAUGUAGGGAGCCUUUUUGUCCUAAACUGUGCAAUCUCCUUUUUGUCGUUGCCUCGGUUAGCACUAAAACUUUACAAGGAUAGAAAAUCAUUUGCAAUAUUUGCAAUAAGUAUUAUACAUAGCAGUGCAAAUUUGGAACAAAAGAAAGUGUUUACAUAAGAAAAGAGUUCAACUCCAACAGGAUUGGUUUAGUUAGGUAUAUAUGAAUAUUUAAUCAUGGUGGAUACGGUAAAGUGAGUACGUAAAACCUUCUUUAACAAUGGCGGUCGAACGAGCAAUUUACAUUGUUAUCCUGUGUUUCUUUGCUUUGGGAAGUGCUACAAUUUGUCGUUAUAACAGUGAAUGUAACCAAUUGUCGGGCGAGUCUUGCUGUUCGGAUAGUGUGUGCAGAAAAACCUGUUUUUACUGCUCCUUCGAUUCCGAUUGUGGCACGGGGGAAGAGUGCUGUGAUGGCGGAGAUUGCUUGACGUUUUGUUCUUCAAGUGACUCCUCCAGUUCGACAGGAGCUAGCAUUGCCGGCGCUGUAGUCGGCACGAUUGUGUUUUUCGCGAUCAUUAUUUCCAUCGUGGCUUGCUUUUGUUGUGCGUGUUGUCCGUACUACCGCUAUCGUUCACCUGGAACUGUCGUCGUGUCUCAACCAGCGACUCACCAAACGUUAGUGUCGACCACCCAGAUGUCGACCAUGUCUUCCCAACAAGUACAGCAUUACCCUCCGCCGGCAAAUUACAGCCAGCCUCCACCACCAAAUUACAGCCAGCCCCCACCGCCAAAUUACAGCCAGCUUCCACCAGCAAAUUAUAACCAGCCUCCGCCGCCAAAUUAUAACCAGCCUCCACCGCCAAAUUACAGCCAGCCCCUACCGCCAAAUUACAGCCAGCCUCCACCGCCAAAUUACAGCCAGCCCCCACCAGCAAAUUAUAACCAGCCUCCGCCGCCAAAUUACAACCAGCCUCCACCGGUAACUUACAAUCAGUCUCCACCGCCAGGGUAUGACAAGGCUUCGCCGCCGUAUAAUCCAGAAUACCCGCAGCAACAAGCCCAGUAUCCUCCAGUACAAGGCCAGCCUCCUACGGCUCCUCCACUCAGCUCUGGAGAGCCCGUCAAGUACUGAUAGCUUGUUUUGAGCGUGUUUAAAACAUGAAAUGGCGAAAUAACGAAAUGGCACUACGGUUAGGUUAAGGGGUUAGCCUUAAUAGCGUUCCGGUUAGCCUAGAUAUCACUCACUCGAAAGAGAUUAGCUCUCAAUUAUUGUAAGAGUCAACCCUUACAGAAACCUGUGUCCCACAUUGAUACUUACCAGUAGUGCCAUUUCGCCUAAGUGACUGCUGAUGUAAUGUCAAACUCUCCUUGUGUUUUACAAGGGAAUACAAGGCAAUUUGGAAGGGGAAUCUAGCAAUUUAUCAGAAGUCACUUAGAGCUUUUUCCAGGCACCCCUUUAAAUGUUGUAGUAAAUAGAGCUUUUUCCAGGCACCCCUUCAAAUGUUGUAGUAAAUAAAUACUGUGCCUGUUUAGUUACAAGUAAUGGUAAGUGUGUGACAUUCAGUGAAGGUAUAAAAUAUAACUUCAGCGGACCAAUUUUGAAUAUUUAAUAUUUAUACAUUCAAUUGGAUUGUCAGUUAGCAU